AUGGCCGUCUCCCCUCUCGUGGCGCCUACCUCGGACGCAUUCAAACCCUCCCGGCCGAUUUCGUCGCCCUUCAAACGACAGACCUCGGCGGUCCCGUCGUCCAACGGCAAUGGCACCCCGCGCUACCCCCCCGCAGCCCGAUCGGCCCCAGGAGACGGUGCCGCCAUGACGCUCGACCCGAUCGAGCAGCUCAACGAGGACGAAAAGCGCAAAUACGUCAAGGGCAAGAAACUCGGCGAGGGCACCUACGCCAACGUGUACCUGGGCCACGUGCGGCACGACCCCUCCACGCUCGUCGCCAUCAAGAAGAUCAAGGUCCAGCAGCAGUACCAAGACGGCAUGGCGCCCGACGCCGUGCGCGAGCUCAAGUACCUGCGCGAGCUGCAACACCCCAACAUCAUCUCGCUCCUCUCCGUCUUCAGCUCCAAGGACCAGAACCUGAACCUCGUGCUCGAGUACCUGCCGCUGGGCGACCUCGAGAUGCUAAUCCGCGACGUCGACCGCGUGCGCUAUGGCGCUGGCGACAUCAAGGCCUGGAUGGGCAUGCUGACGCGCGCCGUGUGGUUCUGCCACGACAACUUUGUGUUGCACCGCGACAUCAAGCCCAACAACCUGCUGAUCGCCGCCGACGGCGAGGUCAAGCUGGCCGAUUUCGGCCUGGCGCGCUCGUUCGCCGACCCCGGAAGGCGCAUGACGGCCAACGUCAUCACGCGCUGGUAUCGCCCCCCCGAGCUGCUGUUUGGCGCGCGGCACUACGGCGGCGCCGUGGACAUCUGGUCCGUGGGCAUGGUAUUUGCCGAGCUCAUCAUCCGCGCGCCGUUUCUGGCGGGAAACACCGAGGUCGAGCAGAUAGCGCUGAUUUGCAAGCAAAUCGGCACGCCGACCGAGGAUAACUGGCCCGGCGUGACGCAGUUGAGGGAGUACACCGUCCCGAGCGAGGUGGUGCCGGUGUGGGGAAAGGAGGCGUACAUGGGGCGCUUUGGCGCGGUCGGCGCCGACGGCGUGGAUCUGCUUGUGCGGACAGUGGCGCUGGACCCCAAGAAGCGCAUCACGGCGAGAGAGAUGCUCGAGCACAGGUGGUGGAGGACCGACCCGAAGCCGACGAGGAAGGAGGACCUCCCUCGGAAGUCGGGCGGAGAGGAGAAAAUGGGGGCGGAUCUGAAGAGGCGGAAUGGAAUACUUGACGACGAGACCAACAACCGGGGAGCCAAGGUGGCGAGGAAGUUGGAUUUUGGGCAGGCCAAGUAG